AGGGGGGGGGGGAGGGGGGAAGAGCUGAAGGAGAAAUAAUUUACAAAAAAUAAAAAAAAUUAAAUACCCCCAAAAAAAAAAAUUAUAACCCAUAAUCCUUAUCCCUACAUUCUCUAAUUUCCCCAUCAUUUACAGCUCCACCCGAAACUCCCCAGAAAACCCAAACCGUCGCCUCCACAAACCACCACAACCCAGAAACCUCACAGCCAUGACACCCCCCAACCCGCCAUCCCAGCGAUCCAAGCCGCCCUCGUCGAGCCACCGCACGGCCAGCGUCCCACACAGCCGCGACCCAUCGACCCAACCACCAGCCACCACGACACCACGAACCCAGCAACACCCACAGCACCGAACCCACGAAACCACCUCAUUCGAACCGCCCUCGUCGACCCACCAGCCCGUUCAGACCCCCAGCAUCCGAAACAGCCAAGAAUCCGCAUCUCUGCCUCACCAUUCCGAAGAACUCAAGGACCCAUUCAUCCAGCCACCACGCACCAACAGCGACCCAAACCAGACCGAGGCUCAUCAUCACCGCCACCAUUUGUGACUACCUCAAGCUAUUCUCUAGGUGUGGGUUUGGUGUGAUAUUGAGUACAUUCGUGGCUGAAGACUGUUGUGAGGCAAAGUGAAACAUGCCUAAGGUGAAACAGUGUGCUCAAAAAUCCAAGAAAAAGAAUUUUGCUGAGGUGCCGAAAUUUGCAUCACAGGCGGCAGAGGUGAAAUACCACAACUCUAUCCGCCAGAAGGAUUUCUACGUAGAACGAGGCAUUAUGGCUAAGGACGCCAACUUGGGAGAUCUGCCACAAUGGUUAAUUGAUACUGUCACAGAGAGGAAUUGGGAGACCCUGUGCUCAACACCGAAACCAGCCGUACCCGAGUUGGUCAAAGAAUUCUAUUCCAACUUCUUGGUCGACCAAUGGCCAACAGAAGUGACUGUUCGAGGAACAGUGGUGCCUUUUUCAGAUCAGGUCAUCAAUGAUAUAUUUUUGCUGGAGUCCGUACCCUGUGAAUUCUCCAAGAACCGUGACCAUCUCUCUGAUGAGCUCAUUCAAGACAUCCUCCCCGAGCUGGCCAAGCCCGAAUCUGACUGGGAUAUCGACGACAAUGGGACGUUCCGUUUCAGACGGACUGAUUUGCAUCACGAUAUCAAGUGUUUAUACAGUUUCGUCCAAUCCAGUUUUCUCCCCACGUCCCAUGAUUCAACGGUGAGCAGGGAACGCAUGUGGAUGCUGUACUGCAUCAUGAAGGGCAUGCCGGUCGAUAUUGGCAGUGUGUUAUAGCCCAAGAGAUUUUUGAUUGUGCGCAUCGACCCAAAGGAAAACUCUUCCUGCCGUCCACCAUCACCGCCAUCUGUCGCGAUGCAGGUGUACCGAUUUGGCCUGAGGAGGGUACGGUUCCACAAAAGGGCCUCAUUAGUUUCGGUCCAGCUCGUGCUCCGAAGAGUGCCGCCGCCUCAUCUUCAGCUUCCAGUGAUCCGAUACUGGAGCAGUUGGCCAAGCAAGGAAAGAUGCAGCACCUGCUGUCCAUGAGGCAAACACAAAUUUGUGAGCGUCUCCACACUCAUUGGGGUUAUGAGCAGCAGCGGGAUGCAGCAAUGAGGAGUGUUCUGCAAAAGGCUCUGCCCAAAUCUGGUCCACAAUUCCCAGCUUUCCCAGAGCACAUUUUGGAGCCUUGGAAUGGCAUUGUUGAAGAAAAAGAGGACUCCCAUGGCGAGGAUUCCAAGUAAAGAGGGGGUUUCCUUUCCUUAGUUUCUUUUAUUUUCUGUUAGUUGACUGUUUUUGUAUUGUUGCAUUCUGUUAUUGUUUAAUUUGUGUUUAAUUCAUGCCCUUUAGUAGUUGUUGUUGUGUUUCUGUUUGCCUUUGUAAUUAAGAGGUACUUUUGUUUAGUCUUGCUUAGCGUAGCGCUCGAUGAUGAUGAUAUUCACUUUCCUCCAUUUGUGAUA